AUGGCCACAAUCGCUAGCCACGACUGCUCCGCGUCUGGCAGCGCAAACGUUGCCCAGCUGGGCGUUAUGACAGUGGGGACCAGGUUCCGGCAGCACUACCAUCUCCACGUGCAUAUAGCCUACUCAACUUACGACCAAGUCGUGUUACGACCGCCAAGAGGGACGUGUUGCUUCGCGACACUCAGCCCGUGGGGUCGUGGCGGCUCCAGUAGGGCGCACGCGGCGCCUUUAUCUGGGCACCCGCGGAGUCGCCUCCGCUGCCCCCGCGCCCCUAGUGUUCCAGCCUUGGCCGCUCGCCUCCUCCGAGGGUGCCUACUCGUCCUGGGCGGCCGCCGCCCGCCGCGCGGUGAGUGCCAGCCGGGGCUUCCGCGGCGCGUGCCUGGAGGCUGCGGGGCGGGACAGCCAGUCACUCGGGUGGCUGGUUUGAAGCGGGAUGUGCGUGCGCUGCUGAAAGAACAUCUAGAAACUUCUGCUAAAAAGUUAACAGAUAUAGGAAUUAGAAAAAUAUCUUCAGAGCAUGACAUUUUCCAGGAAAGUGUAAGGAAGUUUUUUCAAGAAGUGAUUCCUUAGAACUCAGAAUGGGAGAAAGCUAGAGAAGUAAGUAGGGAGGUCUGGGAAAAAGCUGGAAAACAAGGAGUGCUUGGUGUCAAUAUUGCAGAGCGUCAUGGUGGGAUUGGAGGGGAUUCCCCAGAAGCUGUUGUCUGGGAGGAGCAAGCUUAUUCAAAUUGUUCAGGCCCCGGUUUUGGUGUUCAUUCAGCAAUUGCCAUGCCCUAUAUUGCAAACUAUGGCUCAGAAGAACAGAUUAAGCACUUUAUUCCUCAGAUGACUACAGGCAAAUGUAUUGGUGAAAUAGCAAUGACAGAGCCGUGAGCUGGAAGUGACUUAAAAGGAGUAAAAACAAAUAAAAAAAAGGAAGGAAGUGACUGAAUUCUCAAUGGAAGCAAGGUGUUUUUGAGCAAGGCAUGGUUAAGCGACCUUGUGAUUGUAGUUGUGAUCACAAAUCGUGAGGCUCACUCCCCUGCCCAUGGUAUUAACCUUUUUCUGGUCGAAAAUGGAAUGAAAGAAUUUAUUAAGGGACUAAAGCUACAUAAAACGGGAUUAAAAGCCCAGGAUCCUGCAGAACUAUUCUUUGAAGAUGUAUGGUUGCCAGCUAGUGCCCUACUUGGAGAAGAGAAUAAAGGCUUCUAUUAUCUCAUGAAGCUUCCACAGGAAAGGCUACUAAUUGCUGAUGCAAUUUCAGCUAGUGAAUUCAUGCUUGAAGAAACCAGGAACUAUGUUAAACAAAGAAAAGCUUUUGGGAAAACAAUUGCCCACCUACAGACAGUGCAACAUAAAUUAGCAGAAUUAAAAACACAUAUAUGUGUAACCAGAGCAUUUGUGGACAGCUGUCUCCAGCUGCACGAAAGGAAAUGUAUAGACUCUGCCACUGCUUGCAUGGCGAAAUAUUGGACAUCUGAUUUACAAAAUAGUGUAGCUUAUGAGUAUGUACAGCUCCUUGGAGGUUGGGGAUGCAUAUGGGAGUACCCAAUUGCAAAAGCUUAUGUGGAAGCCUGAGUUCAGCCAAUCUAUGGUGGUGCAAAUGAAAUAGUGAAGGAGCUGAUUGCAAGAUAUAUUGUCUGUGACAAGUAGACAUCUGCCCACAUCUUGGAAUCCUAUUACAGCUAAUCUGGUUUUAAAUCUACUCAAGAUAAAAUGUAACUUGGAAAGCAAAGAAACACUGAACAUGUUUUUAUAUGCUCUCUCUAUAAAGAAGGAAAUAAAAUAUAAAUAUAAGAUUAACACAGUAGAAGGAGAAAUCUUUGAAGCCAAAAUUCUCAUUUUCCAAUAUAAUGUUUAACUUACAGUAUUUUUUAUAUAGCCAAAGGUAAAAGAUUUUCAGUUUGAUUUAUCUCCAAAAUUCUAAAAAACAUAAAUUGUCCAAAUCUUCAAACCAAGGCAGAAAUAAUUUUAUGUCAUUAUAGUAUAAAAUCACUAUUAAGACAGCACAUUAACUUUUAAAGGGAAAAAUAUAACUUAGAAUGUAAACUCAUUUCAGCUACCUUUUGCUCCAAAUUCCCUAAAACAGUGUUUUUUUUUUUUUUUUAUCACUGUACUGCAACCUCCUGUUUUUAAGCAAUGGAACUUUUUCUUCAAACAAAAGUUUAUGCAGAACAUCUCUGUGAAACACUGUUGAGUGAGAAUUGCUUUGAUUGAAGCAGGAAGCCAUCAUGCCUUACUACCUUGAAACCCCUAGGACUCAGCUAAGCAUUUACCUAAUCCUGACCAGGGAAUGCCUUGGUUCUGUCAAUUGCUGACACCCAAGAACACAGAAUAGUCCAUCAUUCUUUAAUUUCAAGAUAUUGGUACAUGUUAUAGGUAUCAAAGCAAUGGCUUUUAUUUUGUAACAGUUAGUGUAUUUAUUAACGGUUAUUUUAUGUCUUCUAUAAACCAGCCUCUUAAUGCAAUGAUGACAAACAAACUGGCAAGAUAACUAAAAAAUAAGUGAAUAAACAAAUAAGCAGUACUAAAUAAAGAAGUAAAUAAGUAAAAGAGAUAAUUUAAAGCAUAAGUGCAAUUUAAAUAAUAAAGCAUUUAAAAUUGAAAAGUGAAGAAAUGACAUUCGAUUUGAGACUUAAAAGAGAUUAUAAAAAAUAAACAAUUAAUU